AAAUUCCAAGGGUUUGGCCAAUGUGAACAGCAAAGAAGCAAUUUUCUCUGUAUCAAUCCAUCCCACUUGUUCAUAAUUGAAAUUUUAGAGAGUGAUUACCAGUUUGAUAAUUGUUGGGUUGUGUUCGGAUAACCCUGUCAUUGUUAGGAGUCGGGCAUCACGUGAAGUUGAACAAUGACAAGUGCUUAAAUCCAGCUGCGCCCACUUACUUCCCCACAAUUCAUUGCUGCUGCUUCAACUCUUUCGCUUUCAUGCUCCAAACACUCCAACGAAGCAUGCAUCUAUAAUUUCUUAAGCUAGUGGAAGAAGACAUAUAAUUUCUUUGCUUUUUCUGUAUUUUAAUUUCCUUUUCAGUAAUUUCGUUUUCCCUCCUGAUAUUAUUUGUGUUGCCAAUAAUUCAUCUUAUGAAUAAUUGAUUUAACCUCCAUAUAUGUCUUCUUCCAUGUAUGCCCGUCUUUCUCAAAGAGCCAUUUCUUGCUUAUGCAAGAGGGUCAAAAGGAUAAGCACAUACAAAUAAUCUCUUGGUGCACCUGUCUUCCUCAAGCCCUAGUCACUCUCUCUAGCAUAGCUUCAAGGACAAAGGCAAUUUUUUGAGAUGUAUCCCUCUAACAACAAUUGCAAUUUCAACUCUAUAUCUUGUAUCGACCAUGAGAUUUCCCCAACUUAUUUUUUCGAUAAUGACAUAAAUUCCAUUACAAAAGAGGACCAUUCGUUCUCUUCGUUUUUCGGUUUUCCUAAUUCUCCAAGUAUGCAAUACGAAUACCAUCAAUUUGAUGACCUUUUCCAUGAGCACAACUCCUUGACAACAGAUGAAAAUGCUGUUCCUGCCGAGAUUAAUGCAACUAACAUGAGUAAAGCUGCUGCUACAGACUCACUGAAAGAAGACUGCUACAGCAAAACUGAGCAGCAGAUCCCUAGAAAGAGAUCUUCCAAGAAAGAUCGACACAGCAAAAUAAACACUGCUCAUGGCCCAAGAGACCGAAGAAUGAGACUGUCCCUUGAUGUCGCCUACAAGUUUUUCGGCUUGCAAGACAUGUUAGGAUUCGACAAGGCGAGUAAAACCGUGGAUUGGCUGUUCAAGAACUCAAGGUCUGCCAUUAGAGAGCUGAUGCAAGGGUCUUGUAUGUACAAGCAAACCUGCAGUUUAUCCUCUACUUCUGAAUGCGAAGUCGUUUCAGGAAUCGAUGAUCAGUCGGCUGCUUAUGAAAACAAGUCCACAAUCAUCAGCAAAAAAAGUGACCUGGACAAACCCUCUUGUACAAAGGAGAGGAAGAAGAGUAAAGUUGCGCGUGCAACUGUUGCAAAGGAAUCAAGAAAGCAAGCAAGAGAGAGGGCAAGAGCAAGAACAAGUGAAAAGAAUAGCCUUCGUGAAAGUGAACCAAAAACAGCGAAUAAUCACAGCUCGAUCCGGUUAAGGACUCAUCAAUUGGAAACCGGUGAAGAAUCAGUGAUCCGAAGUUCAAACAUGAACCCAUCGUAUAAAAUGCUGGCUGAGGUUGAAGAAUUGAGCUCUCAUAGAGCGCAGAUUUUAGGGGCUAGAUACGAAGACAAUUGGAACGCAUCUACCAUCUUAAAUUAUCAGCACGACGCUGCAAAUCCCAGCCAUGAACCUCAACACACAGACUUUCUAUUCUGUACCAAACCAUGGGAUGCCUACGGCUGUUAUAAUCUAUCUGGAUAAGAUCUUCAUAUUCCAUCAUCUGGUAAACAUAGAUGGAGGGCCUUUUCUUAUUCUUGUUAAUCAAAUGUGAAUUGCGAAAUAAAUAUUGUAUUUUCUUGUGUGAAAAUUCUGCUGUGAAUUUAUUCCUUCUAAGACGGGAUUAGUUAAGAAUUGGAAUUGACGGAAAAACCUUGGGAAUCUAAACUCGAUGUGUUACGAUUCUAUCUUAAAACGUCAAUCUUGUAGCUACACCGUUAUUCUUACCUCAUCUUUAUUCAAUGUGAAUUUUGUUUCAA